GGGAAGAGGGAGGAGGGAGGAGAAAGUGAGAGGCUAAGUCCCUGCCCUGUGGGCCCUUGUGAUCCAGGCAGAUAGAAGAGCUCCAGCUCUGAAGAGAGACCUCAGUCUUCCAGAGAAGGAGGAGACCAAGAGACCCAGCUCUGGGUUGUUCCCAGGGACAGGUUUAACCUGGACAGCAUCAGGGACACCUCCAGGGUCUGCCUUUGAACCUGUACAGGGAAGACACAGGUCAGGAAAGCAGAGAGAUUCUUGGGAAGGAGACGGGGUGACACAGCCAAGCCCAGCCCCAUGGAGAGCCCUUCAGAACCUCAGUGCAGGACGCUCAGCCCCUGGAGGGGGCUCCUGAUCACAGCCUCCAUCCUCAGCUGCUGGAUCCAGCCGACAUCUGCUCAAGUCACUAUUGUUCCAAACCCUCCCUUUGGGGAAGUGAACCACAAUGUCACCUUGGAGAUCCGGGGCUUCUCAGGCCAGGCUCUCUUCUAUACUUGGUACAGAAAAGCAGUAGCAGAACCCAACAGGAUCACUCGCUACACGGUUGAAACUGGAGAGCAGGAGCCUGCAGGCAUCCGGGAGAAGGUGCUCCCCAACGGCUCCCUGCUCAUCCCUGACCUCACCUUAAGUGACACUGAUGACUACCAUGUAACCAUUGUUAAUUCUCGAGGUGACAUAAUACUUGGACAAGGAAAUUUAGCAGUGUAUGAUGGCCCGGAUACCCCCAUGAUUUUCCCCACAGCUCUGAAUUAUCCUGUAGGGGCAACUAUUGAGUUGAAUUGCUCUGCUGAGUCUAACCCACCUGCCCAAUUCACUUGGCUUAUCAAUGGAAUUCAGAUGGCAUCCACAUCCAAGCUCUCUAUUGCUAAUGUGUCUCUGAAUCACACUGGAACCUAUACCUGCAAUGCAUCUAACUCUGUCACUGGCUUGUCUAGGAGCAAAGACAUCAAUAUCACAGUCUCUGAAAGAACAAUCAAACCUUACCUCAUGGCCAACAGAACCAACAUGAUAGAGAAUGACGCUUUGGCCUUCACAUGUGGCACAGAACAGGAGGGAGUGGAUACUCUGUGGUUCUUCAAUGAAAAGCUUCUGAUUCUCAAUGAGAGGAUGGUGCUGUCCAUGAAAAACCGGACCCUCACCAUCCUGACUGUGAAGAGGGAGAACGCUGGGUCUUAUGAAUGUGAAAUCCGGAAUCCAAUCAGUUCCAGUAGAAGUGACCCCUUUAUCCUGCAUGUGAACUAUGGACCAGAAAACAUCAAGGUUGGACCAAACCCCAAGAAAGGAGAGGUUGAGGUCAAAAUCAAAGGCUCACUUACAUUAGAGUGCCAUGUUGAGUCUUACCCACCUGCCCAGUAUAGAUGGCAAGUCAAUGGCACCAAGAUCCCCAACUUCUCUAAUAAUACCUAUGUCAUCAAACAUGCAACUUGGGAAGAUUCAGGAAAGUAUACAUGUAUGGCAACGAAUAAUGUGACCAACUUGUCAGUCUCUAAGAGCAUCAGAAUUAAAGUCAUUGCAGAACAAUAUAUAGGAGGAAGUAAUGGUUCUUCACUGUCUGGAGGGGCCAUCACCGGCAUUGUGAUUGUAGUCCUGAUUGGAGUAAUUCUCAUUGGGGUCCUCAUCUAUAUCCAGUGCUUCAGAAAGGCUAGAAGGAUCAGCAAAUACCAGCUUUCAGAGAAGAACCAGUCAGCACACAAACAUGGUGAGGACAUCAUCAUGAAUGAAAACACUGUUCACCUACCAGGCUCAGCUCUGCCUGCACAGGGCUCAGGCUCUUCCCCUACUUUUCCUGAAGAACUACCUAAGAGUUCUUACCAGGUAUGUGAUCAAGGAGAGGCCAGAACUCUCUCAGAGACCAAGGGAGAGGUCAAAAUGGUGUCUAAGGAUGAAGUUCCAGCUGAUGGGACAGAGAACAGGAAUGAGGCCAGGGUGGAGACAUUGGACAUCACUAGAGUGGAUGUUUGUGACAAGAUCGACCUCUGAAAGAAACCUGAAGCCUAAGGAAGUGGGAAAAGUCCCCAGGGAUGUUGGGACAACCUUCAGUCACCAUUCAUGAAGAAGGGUUCACAGACAUCUCUCAGGGAAGAAAAUAGAGACAUUGAGGUCAAUUGGAAAAAUCAAGCAGAAAGGGAGAAAAAGGCUGGAUUUGAGAAAGGAGAAGAAUUCUAGGGACCCAGGGGCCCUCAGAUGUCCCAGAAAGUAUUAAGAGGAAUGAAAGGAGCCAGAGCUAUGUGACUAAGCUAUCAAAAAGCAAUGAAGCCUAUGCGAUGAGUUUGGGGACAUGCUCUGUUGCUCUCCAAGGGCUUCAAUAUUUUAAAUAUCAUCAUAUUUUCUUGUCUUCUUUAUCCCUUUUAUUCACAUAAAUAUCCUUUUGGAACCUUUUGUGUGUAUUCCUAUUGGAUGUGGUAAUAGAAGAUCCAUUAUAACCGCAUGGUCCUAAGAUGUUGUGAUUCUCAGCAUCAAAGAGUUCAUGGUCUUGGGCUUCUGAAAUCCCAUGGAACAAGGAAUCUUGUCAUAGGGUAUAUCUUGUAGAGGAAAUAUACCUAUAAUUUUAAGGU